ACAAAUUAGCAUCGCGGGCUUACUAUAUCAGCGGAAAUUCCGAAGGGUCUUCAAAGGCAGCUUCAUCUUCCACAAGUUCCAAGAUCAGUUAAAGCUUUUAACCAUGAAUGUUCAACAUGAAAUUGAACUUUUGGUGGGAGAGUUAAAGAGGCUUGGCGCACCAAAUGCUGAAGGAAACAUUGUUGUCAAGUUUGGAGUAUUAUUCAAUGAUGAUCGUUGUGCUAAUAUAUUUGAAGCUCUUGUUGGUACUUUAAAAGCAGCCAAAAAGAAGAAGAUAAUAAAAUAUGAUGGAGAGUUACUGCUGCAAGGAGUACAUGACAACGUAGACAUCAUUUUACUCAAGGAAGACUAAACAAUUUUAUCUUAUAUAGAUAAAAUAUGUAGAUAACAAUUUCAUUAAAAGAUAUGAGAUAAUUUUUAGAAAAUACUGGAAUCCCCUUAAAAUGAAAUAAAUAAAAUUACUUUUGAGAUAAUAUUCAUAGAUCAUUAGUUAGUUGCAAGCCUUAUUUUAAUAGUUUACCUUGAGUAUCACUGGUAGAAUGACUCAAUCUGAACAUGGCUGACUUAGAGUGAAGUCAAAACCAUUGAAAUAGUUGUCAUGCAAAUACACCUUAUAUUAGUACACUUUAAUUACAGUUUUCUUUAACGUCAAUUUGACUACAACAAUUUAAGAGUUAAAUUUUGUUUCACAGGUUUAUUGACUUCAUUAUAUUAUCUUUCUCUUG